AUGUGCAGUCGAUCGUGUAAUAAGUCUUCAAUGCCCAAACGUCGAUUAGGUAAAAAUGGUCCAAAAAUAUCAGCAAUCAGUUAUGGAGCAAUGGGUUUGUCACUUGGAUAUGGACCUACUAGACCUGAUGAAGAACGAUUCAAAGUCUUUGAUCGUGCCAUUGAACUUGGUAGUACCUAUUUCGAUACUGCCGAUAUGUAUGGAGAUAGUGAAGAUUUAUUAGGAAAGUAUUUCCAAAAAUAUCCGCAUCAACGUCAAAAAAUAUUUCUUGCAACAAAAUUUGCUGUUGUAAUAAGCCCUGGUUUUAAAUCAACGUCAAUUCGUGGUGAUCCACAAUAUGUUCGUGAAGCAUGUGAAAAAAGUUUACAACGCCUUGGCGUUGAUUCAAUUGAUCUCUAUUAUGUUCAUCGUAUUGACAAAAAGGUGCCAAUUGAAGAAACCAUGAAUGCACUAAAAGAACUUGUUAAAGCUGGAAAAAUCAAAUACAUUGGUUUAUCGGAAUGUUCAAGUAAUACAUUACGACGAGCAUACGCUGUUCAUCCAAUUGCUUGUGUACAAGUUGAAUAUUCACCAUUCAGUUUAGACAUCGAAAGCGAAGCAAUUGGUCUUUUGAAAACAUGUCGAGAACUCGGUGUAGCAAUUGUUUGCUAUUCACCAUUAGGCCGUGGAUUAUUAACUGGUCAAAUCAAAAAUCCUGAUGACUUUAGUGCCAACGAUUUUCGAAGAAUACUUCCACGUUUUUCCAAAGAAAACUUUCCAAAGAAUCUUCAAUUAGUUGAUCGAUUGACGACAAUUGCAUACAAAAAAGGUUGCACUUCAAGUCAAUUAGUAUUAGCAUGGAUUCUUGCUCAAGGUGAUGAUUUCAUUGUUAUACCAGGUACGAGUAAAAUAAAAAAUCUCGAAGAAAACAUUCAGGCUGCUCAAAUUAAACUAUCGAAAGAAGAAAUCAAAGAAAUUCGAGAUGCUUGUGAAAAAGCCGAUGUGGCUGGUGAUCGUUAUCCUGAACUUAUGCAUGCCGAUCUCUAUGCUGAUUCAGCCCCAAAGAAAAAUUAA